AUGCUGGGUGCCAUCGCUGGAGAUGUCAUUGGAUCGGUCUAUGAAGGAGCUGGUAACAAGAUCAAAGACUUUGAGCUGUUUGGUCCCUACAACCGCUUUACCGAUGACACAGUCUUGACGGUCGCAGUAGCCGAUUCGAUUCUCCACGAGGCCAGCCUCGUCGACACGCUCCAUGAAUACUUUGAGCUCUAUCCGCAGGCCGGUUAUGGCGGAUCGUUCAUCAGGUGGGCCAUGCAACGGCAGCGCUCACCCUACAACAGCUGGGGUAAUGGUUCCGCCAUGCGGGUCAGCCCGGUCGCUUACGCUUACGACUCGAUCGAAUCCGUUCUCCAUCACGCCAAACGCACUGCCGAUGUCACACACAACCACCCAGAGGGUGUUCGAGGAUCGCAGGCAACAGCCUUGGCGAUCUAUUUGGCUCGGACGGGUUCCAAAAAGGAACAGAUCCAGAGGGAAAUCACCGAACGGUUUGGGUACGAUCUCUCUACAACCCUCGAAUCGAUCCGUGAUGUCUAUGAGUUCGACGUGUCGUGCCAGGGAUCAGUUCCUCAGUCCAUUCGCUGCUUCCUUGAAGGAACUGAUUACGAAGACACGAUUCGCAACGCGAUUUCAUUGGGGGGUGAUGCCGAUACGAUGGCCUGCAUUGCGGGUGGGAUCGCAGAGGCUUACUGGGAACUCCCAGAACACAUUGCCCAAACCACAUGGGGUCUGCUUGACGACCAUCUGCGAAGUGUGAUCAAGCAGUUCCAGGAAAAAUUCGUCCACAAUCACACAUUUGUCCGACGAUCCAUGGGCUGCGUGGAUCGGCAACGUGGCUGCCUGUUGGGAUUGGCGGUAGGAGAUGCCCUCGGAGCUGCCGUCGAGUUUCAGACACCGGGCUCCUUCAUUCCUGUGACAGACUAUCGUGCUGGUGGGCCGCAUGGACUGGGACCUGGUGAAUGGACUGAUGACACCAGCAUGGCAUUGGCCCUGGCUGACAGCAUCCACCAAGCUGGCUGGGACUUGAAUGACCAGGCCCGCAGGUAUGUGAGCUGGUGGCGGGACGGACAGUAUUCCGUGAAUGACGUCUGUUUUGACAUUGGCAACGCAACACGCGCGGCUCUCUACGAGUUCGAGCGAAAUGGAGAUGCCAGGGCUUCAGGAAACCCUUCUCCCCAAGCUGCCGGUAACGGCUCGAUCAUGCGGUUAGCCCCGGUGCCGAUUCAUUUCCUGGAGUUAUUCCCCGAGAGACUGGAAGAACUUGCCGAACGCGCAGCCGAAUCGAGCCUGCCAACUCAUGCCAGCCCUCAAUGCCUUUCCGCCUGCCGGUACUUUGCUCUGAUCCUCGCAGGACUCAUGAAGGGGCUCGACCGUGACGAGGUGCUGGCACCUGACUGGGAACAUCUUGAGCAGCUCAGAAACAUAGCUCCCCUGCACCCGGAAGUGGACGAGGUCGCCGCAGGCAGCUUUAGAAAGUUACAGCCACCAGAGAUUCGUGGCAGCGGUUAUGUCGUCAAAAGUCUGGAAGCAGCUUUGUGGGCGUUUCACGACGCUUCGGAUUUUCGUGAGGCUGUCCUGAAAGCGGUCAACCUCGGAGAUGAUACGGACACCACGGGAGCGGUUUGUGGGCAACUGGCGGGAGCCUACUGGGGUGAGUCUGGUAUUCCUCAGAACUGGUUGCAGCGGCUCGCGCGACAAGACAUGCUGGAACGGGCACUCGACGAUAUUGUGGCACGAGCUUAG